GGUAUAUUUAUUGAUUCAAAUUAUUUACAUUUACAAAUGAGCGUAAUAUUAUUAUGCAAACAUUCGAUUUAAUUAAUCUCAAUACCAUAUCAAUUACUAGUAGACAUAUGUUCGAGAGAAUUUCUCUAAUCCACAGCAUUUUACAGCUCUUUGGCUACACUGGAUUCAACUCGCAACUGAGGCCGCGUGUCGGUUUCCACUACACGACCUUUAUAUAAGAAUAUAUAUACCGCUAUUUUAUGAUUAGUCAUACCCGCAUCGAGAAUAAAAGACAUUCAAUAAUAUCUAUAAAACAACGCGUGUUGGUAUUUCUCGAUUUGACAUCGGGUCAUGUCGUUGUAGUAGCUGCUAUUACCAGCUAUUAGGAUAAACAACUAUUUUGUGAUUAACCUUUAAUCAUGACAAUAGUGAAUCUAAGUAUGUCGUCUUUGAGAAAACGGAAUUGUUUUUUUGUAUUUGUGCUAAUUGUUUUUGUGCCAUUUUGUUUAUUUGUUAUACUGUCUGUACCAGAUAUGACUUCGGAGGAAAUCUUAGUUCAACGAUUGGCCGAACUCCAAGUUAGAAUUCAAUAUUUAGAUGCGAUGUAUAGAUCGAGGCAAGAAGAUUUACAAGAACUGACACAGCAUUUCGAUCAAUUAUACAACGCAGAAAACAGUUCUAACAACUCGUUGAUACAAAUAGAAUCACGUCCAGAUAUAAAACAAAUGAUUAAGAAUAUGUCUGGAUUAUUUGCAGCCAAUGGCCUCAAUCCAGGUGUAUCGAUUAAAUUUCCUUCUGCAUAUCAUUUUCUGCCUCAUCUGCUGGAUAAUCCCAAUAGUUUGAAAUUAUCUUAUUUGAUGUCCAAAAAUAGAGAAGGUGUUUCAUUGGUACUAGGAAUUCCUACUGUGAAACGAGAAAAAUACAGUUAUUUAAUGGAUACCCUACAAAAUCUUAUAGAUGGAUUGUCUGAAGAUGAGGCUAACGAUACUAUGAUUGUCAUAUUGGUCGCGGAGACUGCUAUGGAGUACAUUCUACAAAUUGCAAAGGAAGUGGAAAUAAAAUUUCCACUCCAAAUUGAAUCGGGAUUAAUAGAAAUAAUAGCUCCUUCUGCAGGAUAUUAUCCUUCUUUUGAUAAACUUCGAAUUACUCUUGGAGACUCUCCAGAACGGGUGAAAUGGAGAUCUAAACAAAACUUGGAUUAUGCGUUUUUAAUGGCAUAUUGUCAAACAAAAGGUACGUUUUAUGUUCAAUUAGAGGAUGAUAUUCUGGCAAAGCCAUCUUAUAUGACAAUUAUGAAAAAGUUCGCGAUAGAAAAAACCGCAAACAAACAACCUUGGAUUGUAUUAGAUUUUUGCCAACUUGGAUUUAUUGGAAAGCUCUUCAAAACUGCAGAACUUCCUUGGCUGAUACAGUUUUUCCACAUGUUUUUUAAUGAUAAACCAGUCGAUUGGUUACUCGAUUACUUAAUCACAACAAAAAUUUGUAACUGGGAAAAAAAUGAUAACUGUAAAGCAGACAAGGCGAAAGUUUGGAUUCAUUACAAACCUUCACUUUUCCAACACAUCGGUAUGCAUUCUUCUCUAAAAGGAAAAGUACAGAAGUUGAAGGAUAAACAAUUUGGAAAAGUAGCUCUAUUCUUUCCUCAUAACAAUCCAUCAGCUGAAGUAACGUCUGGAAUAAAACACUAUAAACAGUAUACAUUGAAGCGAGCUUAUCUUGGAGAAACAUUUUUUUGGGGUUUGCUACCACAACCCGGAGAUCAACUUGUGUUUAAGUUAACAACACCAACGGCUUUAAAAAGAUUUUAUUUCCGUAGCGGGAAUGCAGAACAUCCUACCGAUAAGUUUUACAAUACGACUGUGGAAGUUAAACCACUGCAACCGAUUGUAAAUACGAAUAUGUCUAACGUAACACUAGAUGGCUUUCUGAUUGUCGGUAAAUUUGAUAGUGCCGGCAUAGCUACAGGUACUUUAGAUGUUAGUAUUGGCAAGAUAGAAUCGAUACGAUUAAAUGUACACUCCGAAAGUGAUAAUUGGGCCAUAUUAAGUGAGAUUCAUCUCCAAGACGAAUCAAGAUUGAGGUGACAGACUAGUCCUAUUCAAACAUAUUCAAUAUUUUUGCAAUGAUGAAUUUUGGAUUCAAAAUCCUUUGUCUGUGAUAUUUUUACUACAAGUUAACUAUCAAGAAAUGAUUAUAUAUAUGUUAAAGUGAGCUACUUUAUCCAGAAACUACGUACUGAUUUCAAAACGACUGAGAAUGUUUGGAAUUGAAUACUACGUUUGUUCAUAUACUUGAAAUUAUUGGAUUUCUUUGUUUAUAUUUUUUUCAUAUUUGCAUUUAGCUGUCAUAAAACAUACGAUUGUUUUCAUUUAAACAUGUUUUUGGAAUAAGUUUUUUUUCUCGAAAGACAACCAAUUGAGAGUUACAUGUACGGGGAUAUAUUGAAAAAUUCUCAGCCUCCUAUAUAACCAAAAAAAAUUUCAAUGUCAAAAUAUUUUAUUACUCAACAUCUCCCCUCAAUUGGAUACAUUUAUUACAGCGAACCUGCAACGUCUCUAGACCUUUCAAAAAAAUGUUUCUGAUCCAAAUCGGCGAUGACACCUGUUUAUACACUCUCCAUCGAUAGAUAUACAUGACUUCAUUAAACCCCAACUAAAGGAAAAAUACGGAAAAUGGAUAUGGCAGACUAAAUAGAAUACUGUGGGAUGGUCAGAAAACUAUGGAUCUAUACUGCAAUGAUUAGAAGUACGUUGGUAUAUGGAUUGAAAACGUGGAGAAUAAAAGAAAAACAAAAAAAAUAGAAGCCACGGAAAUAGAGGCAGUAAGAAGACCAAAUAGAACGUUACGGUUAGAUCGAAUCAGAAACUAAACAAUAUAAAAGCGAAUUAACCUGGAACAAACAAUUAUAUAAUUUAUUGAGGAGAAGCAGUUAAUUUGGUCCACGAUUAUCAUGAAUGCAUGGAAUAAGAAAAUCAAUUGGUGUACGAAAUCUGAACGAUAACAACUGCAGCGACAGGAUAGAAUAACAGCUAGGCGUCGGACAAGGUCGUAGGAGGUUUUGAACCCGAAUUUAUAUAAAGAAAACAAAAAUUUUGAUUACUACGCCAUUUAUAAUCAUACAUACGGCCCUAAUUGAAAAUAAAACAAAGUGGUAAUAAACGUGGUGAUACUAGUAUUUAUACAGUAAUUGUUAAGAAAAAAGAUUUUGGCUCUGGUGGUUAAAUAAUUACUCUAUUUGGAAUACUGGUAAAAUUAAAGUUUGUGAGUCUGAUAACUAAAGCAAGAAAAAAGAUACAAUGAACCAAACUACAGAAUACAAAACUUGACCUUCAAUUGGAUUUGUAAACAGAAUUACUUCCGAAAAACUAACUGAGGGGUAAAAAAGCGAAUUGUAUUCUAAUGAUUAUUCUGCCUUCGGGAAUGGUUUAGGUCAUCAAUUUGAUGCAUUAUUCACGUUUAUAGCAAACUCAUUGUUUAUCACAUUCCCCUUACUAUACUAUUGUUUACUUGUGUACGUUAGCUUACCUUUCCUAGACAUUCCCAGAUCUUUAACUUUACAGUUACCGCGUCUGAUUUUUUAACACCAUCAGAUGCGGGGAGCACAAUUGUAAAUUAAUUUUUUAAAGCUAAAAAUGUUAUUACGACACUACAUUGUAUAAAAUUUAUUUAAAAUGUAAUUAUCCAUAUUCGAAAAACAAUUUUUAAAUUAAGAAACAUGUUUUUGUAUAUAACUACUUUGAACCAGGAAAAAAACAUUUAAGCAAAGCUUAGCUAGACAGCUGGACAAGGUCAUUGACUAGAGUUACUGCAAGAUUUUUUCAUGGUUUUGUUCUCGUACUUCCACAGUAAUAGCAAUGUCCAGUGGUUGAGUUACUAUUGUUUAUGUCUUUUAGAAUUUUAGUGAAAAUCUUAUCCGUUGCUUCAUUUGUGGUGAUAUGUACGAAUUUUGAAACCGACGGUCUUAUUAGAUGUAACGCCUUCUCCUCCAAUUUUUUUAUACAUUAUCAAGUUGAUGAAGUAGUGUGUUUCAUAAGUUCAUAACUUCCCCCGUCACAUAGAAAGAAAUAUCAUUAUUCUUUAUUUUCACAAGUUUUCCAGAACGACUAACGAAAGCUUCUAUGCCACUACAAAAAUAUUAUGCAUCUUUAGAGUCAAAAUGCAGCUUUUAAAUCUUUCAGCCCUGAACUCGGCCUUCAGCUUUUCGAACAAAAAUAAGUCGGACCGGGCCAGAUCAAGACUAUAUGGUGGGUGGAAUCCCAAAAUAAUAUAGUCCUAACUUUUUUGGUGUUUUUCGCGACCUUUGCUUUUUUGGCACGGGCUCUACUUUUCUAUGUCACUCCAUGAAAUCUUUUUAAGAUAUCGGAUCAUUAAAAGACCAUAGUUUCAUAACUUAUAUAAUUAAUCGGAUUAUAUUUUCUUCGAUCUCGUAUAGUUUCUAAAAAUCGCUCACAACAUUCCACUCGACACUGCUGUGCUCAGAAAUCGAGACAAUUUGCACCACGUCAUCCUCUAUUGAUUCUUGGCUUUAUCGAAAGAACAUGACAAUGACAAUGAAUCGAAGCAGCAAAUUGAAACUUUGUGUAAAGCUUAUUGAGACUUGUCACUGACGCGAACGCAUUCUAUUUACUAUAUGAGGCCCAGAACUCAUGGAACGCACUUCUAUUAAUCAUAUUCCACUGCACUCCAGUAUCGUCACACAUAGCCAAUUUUAUUCAUUUUUGGGCAAUGCGAGAUCAAAUAGCACUUACCAUGGUAAAAACUAAAUAAGAUUUAUUUUCUCAUCUACUUUUACCAGUUACAAAUUCUGGUGGAAAUUGGGUGUCAUUUUUACGAAUCUUGCCUAUAAUAGUUAACUCUGCUUCUAGGACUUCGAUGCUUAAUAGAAUGCUUGUAAAAUCAUUGUCGUUGUAAUAUUUCUGCCCGUGCCUUCAAUAUGUUUCACCAUUCUUUUAACCACAUUCGCACCAGUCAACUUUAAUUUUUAACUCUCCCUCGGGCUCUUAAGCACAAUACAUUUCUAUAUUAAGAAUAUUUUUUGUGUUAACUGGUGCGAAAAGAGCAUUUGCCACUAAAUGCAUCUCGUCGCAUAUACUAGCAAAUACUGUGAGGGUGGAUCAUUUUUCAGGAAAUUCUGGAUACAAAUUUCGAUAAGGUCUCUUAUUGGAGUUAAUUUAGUAAAUUAUUUUCAUUUAUUUCUAAUUGUAAUAUUAUCAAAUCUAAUACAUUUCAUUAGAAAAAGAAAACGAGAUGCAUAAAUGGUCAAAAAUAUUUUGGCGUUGAUAUUUUUAAAUUUAUGCGAGCUAUAGAAUACCUAUUAGCUCUUCCACAUCCUCAUCAUCUGUUACUUCACAAUCUCUGAGAUGCGUAUAUAGGCAUCUAACACUAUUGAUAUUGGUAGACCGUGUUAAUGAAUCUAUUAUUUGUAACAGGGUACCCUGUUACCCACUAUAGUAUCGUACGAAGUAUGUAACUGGGGUAUCAUUUUUAGCCACUUCGAAACCGUUGUCUGAAUCUAGUUCUUGCUCUGAAGAAGAACUGUACUCUGAAGACGGGUUCUCAAUAUCUGUAACGUGAUUAAAUACUUUUAUCUAGGUACGCUUCAUCAAUAGAAAAAUUUUUCUGAUUUUCAAUUUCGUUUAACCAUUCUAGUACCACCUACUCAAAUUUUGGAUCGCUCUCCCUUAUUCCUAUUUUUUCAGACAUUAUAGAUCAUAAAUAAUACCUAAAAUAAAUCCAACUAGCAUAAUUUGAAAAUUAAUAGUGACGCUAUUGAACGAUAGUGAGAAAAUCAACCUCAAGAACAAAAUUUUCCAUAAACAGGGGCGGUAACGUAUUGAAACAAAAGAAAAUAUGUUGCAUUUUCGUGCGUCGACUGCAGGGUUAAAGUAUAUAUGACAUUCCAGCUGAGUGCUUCGAUGGUUGCUUGACUAUUCACAUACUUCAACUUGUCUACAAUUAGUGCAUUCCAAUAAGUGAUCACAACACCUGAAAUUCUCUUUUGGUUGUUCAACAUCGCAACUACAAUCAUUGUGGUCGCGGCGAAAACGUCACUAAUGACAUCAUGACUAAUGCUAUCCAUGUUAAGAGGUGGGUCGAAAGGAGCGAAAUUUUCGAAACUCAAAGCAACAAAGAUUGCAUCCAUGAGAAUCUACCUCAUUAUUUGAUGUGGCAAGGGAUACUAGAAAUAGUUUUGAUGCAGCACCAAAUAACUUACUAUCACCGCAGAAGACAUUUUGAUUUUACUCACUUACUAAGUGGAACGGGAAAGACCGUGGUCGUGAACCUUUUUAUCGGAAGUACUUAGUGGAAUGCAUCAAAUAAUGAAUAUAUGUCUCCACCAUCUUAUUCUGAAUAAUAAAUAUCUUGACUUAGGUAUACCAGAACUUUAUAGAAAUAAAAGUAUUAUAAGACCACUUUAUGGGUGCAUUUUAAAAUAGAAUAGUUACUUUGGUAAGCAAUUAUUAGUGGAGAAACAACGAAGUUAUAUUAUUGAAUGAAUUUUUCUUAAACACUUGUUAAAUGUGAUAUGUGAACUAUUCAUAUACAGGGUUAAUUAUUAUUACUUUAUCCUAUUAGUAUUGGAAUAUUUUCAAAGAGAUAUUAUUUACAAAAUACGAGUAUGUUUUGCUGAAAUUAUCCAAAGUAUAUUAUUUUAUGAUCAAGAUACAAUCUUUCUAUAUUACACAUUGGAAACAUUUAUGUUAUCAUUACAUUGUUGCCAGUUUUUGACAUUCUAGUAGUGAUUCUCGUUUAUUAUAAUUUUUUACGCUUCUACUAAUUCUAGGAUUUGUUUUUUUUUCAAAAAAUUAAUAACAUAUAUGUAUAACUGCAUAUAGGAAUGUAUUUAAAUAUCCAAAAUUGUUCUUAGUUUAUUAUAAUGGGCAUUUUUAUUUAUUUGUAUACUAAUAUUUUAUAUUUGUUUUUCAGUUAUUUACAACUUUAUAUCAUUUAUUGUUUUUAUUAAAUUCAAUAAAAUAUAUUUACUGUA